CCGCAGACGCUCAUAAACCAGCUUGAGGUCGAGGUCAAGGAUACCAGGCCAGUUACUCCAGUCCACGCACUUCUGCGCGCCAUCGUCCCGCCAUCGUCCCGCCCUUGACAAAGUGACGAACAGUACCGGGAGAACGAGCCCAAGACCAAAAAGCCAAUGGAAGCCACACCCGCCCAGGCCAUGGAAUUGCAGCAAGCCAGAACACGGAGCCUAUUAACUUUCGAUUCUCCACCACUCUUUCACUCUGUCUCCGCCUCUCCCUUUUCUCUUUUCCCUUGGAACUGUGUUAUACCCAACAGUAUCAUAGAGUCAACUAUCCAUAUGCAUACAUACAUACAUACACCCCUAAGUUCACCGGAUCUGGAACAGAUUCUUACAGCUAUCUUUUUGGUGCUACGUUUUCUUCAUUCUGGUUUGGUACGACGUUGGAUGGCUUUUGUCACGAGCAAUGAAAGGAUGCCAGCAUGUGAGAUGUUUUAUUGUGUGUUUUGUUAUUGUUUUGCUCGCUUCUUACUUGCCUUACUUCUGGUAGCCUGUCUGGAUAGGUGAUCUAUAUCUGUAAGGAGAACUACGAAUGCAGAACAGUCAGGGGACGACUUUCAGGAAGAGGACUUGUGGGUGUGCCCCUUUCUGCUAGGUCGAAUCGAGGGGUCUAUAGGUGGUAAGAGUUACGUCGGUAUACAAUAGGGAAAUCUAUAUUGUGUUUAGGUAUGCACAUAUACUAACGAAAUUCAGGUUAAUUUUAUUGACUGAAUACUAAACUCCUUAGCAUCACAC